AUGGAUCAAGCACAACUAUGCAUUUUCGUCGUCUUGACCUUCUCCUGCUUGACCCGGCUGGUGACUCCUAUACCCAUGGUCACUGUUGCGAAACUGGACUAUGAUACCAAAUUGCCUGUUCCGAUUACUGAAGAUGUAUUUGACCUCAAGGAUGAGAAAGACUUGUAUGACCCCACUUCCGUCUUGCUGACCAGAUUUCGAAGAAACCUCGCUCAAUGGAUGACAGGCAGCCAGCAUUUCAAUCAAGGAAACAACAGACGUUUCGCUCACAGACAACGUUUCAACUCUCGACAUGUAAGUGGUCAGGUAGUGGAUGCCUAG